UUUUACUCGUGUAUUUUAGGUGAUAGCUGGUGGUUUAUUCUGUCGACUGAAUCAUGGCAUCCCCGGAGCUGCGGAGUGUGUUUUCGCUGUGCGCUGAUCAGACAGUGACCGCAGGUUUGAGAGAAUUGUCUGGACUGCUGAGCAACCCUGAACCUCCCCAGCCCUCUGCUGCUAAAACAUCCAGUGAGGAUGCUGGAUCAGGAAGGACUGUAUCUGUCGGAGAGGUGUCAGACAGGAUGUUCUGCUUGGCCUGUCAGUGUCGUUUUGAGAGUCGUGAGGAGCAGAUGGAGCAUUACAAACUUGACUAUCACCGCUUCAACCUGAGACAGCGGCUGGAAGGAAGAUCCGCGGUCACAGUGGAGGAGUUUGAGAAGAAGACUGGGACAGGCGAUAUUUCAAGCAUUUCGGGUUCAGACUCAGACAGUGAGGAUGAGGAUCUCGAUGAAGAUCCUGGAGAUGAAGUAGUCCCUGAGGAGAAAGACAGUGCUCUGGACACAGAUCAGUCCCCUUGUCGAUGUUCCACCAAAAUAGUCUUUCAAAACAUGCAGGGACAGUACCUCUCAUUGUAUCGCUGUGUUCUACAAAGCAAGAGAGACAAUGAAGAAGACUUGGUUUCUUCUUUACUGAAAAUAUCAAACAACACUAUUUGGGUCAUUCUGAUGACUGGUGGUGGACACUUUGCUGGAGCGGUUUUUAAGGGGAAAGAGAUUCUGCAGCAUAAGACGUUCCAUCGGUACACAGUGAGAGCGAAGCGAGGGACUGCACAGGGACUGAGGGACUCUCAGAACCGCAGCCACGUGCCUAAAUCUGCAGGGGCGGCCCUCAGGCGUUACAAUGAGGCAGCACUGCAUAAGGAUAUUCAUGAUCUUCUGGAAAGCUGGGCUGAGUAUUUGAAGGAGACAAGUGCCAUCUUUCUGCGAGCACCAAGUUACAACAAGACCAUAUUUUUUGGAGGUCGUGGAGCACCAUUGGACAAAAAAGAUCAGAGAGUCCGCGUACUUCCUUUUGCCACACGUAGAGCAACAUUUAGUGAAGUACAGCGAGUCUUUGAUCUGCUCUCAACUCUACAUGUUUAUCAAAAAGACACAGAAAUCUCCAGUAUUCUCGGUCCAUCGAAGAGAGUGUUGAAGAAGAAAACUCCUAAACCUGUUAGUCAUCCGAUCCCAAACACUAAUGUGCCUGCAGAGGAAGAAGAGGGUGAAGUAGAAAGUUCAGGGAAUGAAGACUCAGGAACACUAGAGAUGGUGGAGGUGACACUGGGAACUCUGGACCUCAGAGAACAUGAGGUACAGCCUAAUAAGAAGAAAAGGAGGAAACGGAAAGAGAAAAGAGAAGACUCCAGCAACAGAGAUAUAACUGCAGAAAAGACAGAAGAUGAAACUGUGGAAGAAGGGGAACUGGAAGGUGAAGGCGACUCUAAAGAAAUUCAGAGGAAGUCAAGGAGCAGGAGGAAACCCAAAGGCAAGAAACAUCAGCAAGAAGAAGAUGAAGUGGAUGAGUCUUGGGAAUACAGUUUGAGGGACGCUCUCUACACUGCCUGUAAAACAGGGGACAUCCAAUCAUUACGCUCCCUCCUGCAACUACCAGAGGACCAGGAAGAGGAAAAGGAUGGAGGAGAGAGAAAAACUAAAGAGAAUCCUACCUCAAGGGUUUUAUGUCUUCUCAAUAAGCCCAUAGACUCAGCAGGCUUUACUUUACUGCACGUGGCAUCCGCAGCCGGACAGAAAUCAGUCAUCAACCUGUUAAUGGAUGCAGGGAGUGAUCCAGCCAACAAGGAUAAGAAAGGACAGACUCCGUAUGUUGUUGCUCCUGAAAAAGAUACCCGAAACACGUUCAGAAAAUACAUGGCCGAACACCCUCAUAAGUAUGACUACACUAAAGCACAGGUUCCUGGACCACUGACUGAAGAAAUUGAGUCCAAGAAGGCAGAGAAGAAGAAAGCCCAAAAAGCAGCACGGAAACAGAGAGAGAAAGAGCAAAGGGAAGAGAAACUUCAGAAACAGCAAGAGGAGGAGGAAAAGAGGAGGUUCACGGCUCUUAGUGACAGAGAGAAGCGAGCUCUGGCUGCAGAGAGGAGAUUGGCUGAACAUGUUGCCACAACUGGUGUAACACUCACUACCAUCAGGAGAUGCUUUCAGUGCGGAGAGUCGUUGCUGGGGAAGAUUCCUUUUGAAUAUCUGGACUACUCUUUCUGUACACCUCGCUGUGUUCAAGCCCACCGCAAAGCCAACGUUGCUGCCCGGCCCUGACCUCGCUCUUACAUGCUACUGCACCGCAUUAGAGGAGGGGAAGGAGUAGUACCAUAUUG